CUCAUAACUCUCCAUCGCACGCGCAACGCAUACAUGUACCUAAACCGAUCCUAUUGCAUGCAGAGAUGCGAUAAUCACUUUUGAUUUGCGUCGCAUCUAUUCUUAAAAUCCAGUCUCUCUUUUUUUUUUCUGCUUUUUUUCUUGGAUUAACUAGAUAUUCCAUCUCCGGUUCUCGGUACUUUCUAUACCGUUCGCUCAAGUCAUUGGCUCUUCGAUCGCAUCGCUCUCCGUACUUCAAUUCGUUCAUUUCGUUUCCCAACAAGUUGACGCCGUUGAGUCGCGCGCUCGGUUUCUCAAUGGCUCCAAAUUUUCGCCCAAAUACCCAAACGCGACGUGGAAAUCGAAGUGGCUAUGUUGAACAUGACGAUUUUGAGGGUCUGCCCGUUCGACAAUGGCGUCAAGAAUGGGUGAAGAUCGCGCCGCCACCCCCACCAGAAACAACUCAAAAAAACGACAUAUGGGCAAUUGAACUCCCGCAUGGCAUGCCCAAAGACUCGCAUCUAUUGCCAACACAUACACAGGAGUUGCUGAGAGCAGCUCGUUCUGGGAGAUUAUAUAAACGCCCCGCACCCGUCGAAGAGGAGGAAGUCGAUCCUGAUGCAGCCUUGGCCGAGAAAGCUGACAAGAAGGAGGAAGACCCAAGCACUAAAGGUUAUCAAGUAAAAGUCUGGAAGCAGGUCGCCCGAAAUGCCGAAGGCCCAACCCUUUCGCACCUUGCCAAAAGGAGGAAGGGUGUCAUCACAUUAUCAUCAAAUCUUCCAGCCGGUGCAUCUUCUGGUCCGACCAUCAUGAAAGCCACCGUACGCCGCAUCGAUGCGGCGGGAAAUCCAUACACACAAGAGAUCACACUAAACGAAGGCCAGCAGGUGGAUGGGGAAAUCAUCUCAACCACUGUGGUACCAGCGCCUAAUGUCGCUGCAAAUACGGAUGCGUCUGUUACCCCAACGCCGGUGCGAAGACGACCGCCUCCGCCAAAAAGGAAGCCCAAGGGCCCUGGUCGGGGACGGAAGAAGAAGCUUCCUUUACCGGCAAGCACUCGGCCCGAAACAGCAAAUCCAAACGCAGGCGUUGUUUCGAAUGGCACCAAGCCAAGCAAUACAGAAAACAGCGACGCCAAACCGGACGAUCAGUCCGACAUGAAUAAAAACCAAGACAGCGGGAUGGCCGAUGACGACGACGGCGAUGAUGGGGAGGAGGAUGGCGAGGAUGGCGAGGACGGCGAUGAUGGGGACGAAGAAGGUAGCGAAAUGCCCGACAGUGAAGGUGGAACAGCUCUUCGAGCCGAAAGCGAAACCAAGCCCGAUCGCAUAGUAGAAGCCCCCCCAACAACUGUUCAGAUGGAAUCCUCCACAGAAGCACCUUUGGUAGACAACUCGACCGGAGACGGGCUACCAUUUGCAAAACAACCUUCUCCUCCUUCUAUUCUUAGUCUUUCUCCAAGCUAUCCUCAAUUACAACAUACUUCCUCGCAAUUUGAGGGAAGUCCACUUAAAAAUGUCGUAGCCGCCGCAUCACCCACUGACCCGAUGUCGAAGUCGGCUUCAAAUGAUGAAGCACCCGCGGGCCUUAUCGCGCCGACCGAGACCCUCUCGUCGGCAAUGUCAUCAGGAUCGACCCCCGUCCCAAGUACCCUAACAGAAGCACCUCUACCUACGACUACAGAUUCUAGGGGGGCUGAUAUGGACGUGGAAAUGUCAGGUGUUCCUUACCAGGAGCAUGUUGAUAGAACGGUCCAGCCAAUAGCUGAAGCAGAAACCGAAAUUCUACAAUCAAAUAUUACGACGACGGGUCACACGCCGCAGGUAGACUCGGUCCAAAUUGAAAACGUUUUAUCAGCGCAUAAGUCGUCGCCACAACCGACAGCCGUAGUUGAAAUCACAAAUUCCGAGCAAGCCAUCGAUGAAGUUGCGUCCGCAACAUCCGCAAGCGUACCGACAGAACAUGAACCACAAAUAUCGAAUUCGGCUCCUGCAGCCGCAAGCGAUCCAUCCGCCUUAGAUUCCUCUGACACUAAGGUCGAGGGCGCUCCGCCGGAAAGAGCAGAGGAGAACGAACCUGAAAGUCCCGAUCUAUUUAGCGGCCUGGAAGCGGCCUUGGACCAACAAGGUGGGCCGGAAGAGACGUCCACUCCCGAAACAAAGCCAAUCAUACCCGACCCAGAAUGAGACUACCAACACGACGCCGGAAAUAUCUAGUAAUGCAGGGUAUUAUAUGUGUAUGGGCUUGAUCAGGUAAUCAUGGAUAAUAUUGGUAGGGAGGAGGCGCGCAUGAGUUGAAUGGGGAAUGACUUAUCCGGAAGACCUACGCCUAUGUGCCUAGACUUGAGAAGAGACCCGCGAGAAACCCGCCGUCACUUCUGGACAUACUCAGUAAAGUACAUAGACUUGGGCACAUUUUUCUGGGUAGGUCUUUGGACAGUGUAAAUUACCUUUUUAACUUGUUACCAAGAGAACUUAUUGGGCUUGGCAUGGAGGAAGAAAAAAAAAAAAAGAAAGAAGGAUAUAUAGGGAAGAACUGCUUUAAUAUUCUUCCCUUUUUAUAGGCGAAUCACUUCCUUGAAUUUCUUAGGUGAUAUUUAUUCUACCCUUCACAACUUUAUGCCAAAAAGAAACCUCAAGAACGUACACAUAUGGGGUCAAAGUCAAAGUCAAAGUCAAUAUUCGAAGGUCCACGUAUUUACGCACCUUACCCAAGGGGGCAUAGGUUAACCACCUACAUUUAUAUCCACCUUGACGUGAUUCCCCGCAUCGAUCUGAGCCCGGGGCUAAUCCGAUCCGCCGAUGUUCUAUUCAGCUCCCGGGGUAGGGGAACGGACAUCGCUCACUCUA